AAGGUUAACUACUAACUACUGCAAAUGUGCCACAAAUGCACAAACAAUGUUCAACAUAGACUAUUUUUUAUUUAAUUGCACGUAAUUGAUAAAAACUGCUUAGUUUAAGAUCAGAAAUUUAGUUGGAUUGUUGAUCAGACAUUUGUGGUUUACGAUACAUACAAGAUGACCGAAUGUAACAUUAAGUUACCAGGUUCCCAAACUGUAUUAAAUGAGAGUUUGGAAAAAGUACAAACACAUUCGGCAGAAUUGGUAGAGAAAAGCUUACAAAACAUCACUACGCACUUACUUCUACUAUGUGGACUUGUUAUUUUAAUGUCAUAUUUACAAUUUUUAUGGCAAAAUAGGCGUUUAUACUGGUACUCCUGGAAAACACCAGGUCCCAUUGGUCUUCCAUAUAUUGGUAUAGGUUAUAAAUUUGUAUCACGAGAUAUAAGUGCGUUAUUACAAGUUGUUUACGAUAUACAAGUUACUUACCCAAAAGUAGCUGUUGCCUGGUUCGGACCUAGACUUUAUUACCUUCCAUCGAAACCAGAAUAUAUAGAAAAAAUUUUUAAGAGUCAAGCAGCUUUAAAUAAAGCUCAUGUCUAUCAGUUCACGAACGAUAUCGGAGAUGGUCUACUUAAUCUUGGAGAUAAGGUAUGGAAGAUUCAUCGCAGAACCAUAAAUCAAGCUUUUAACCAGAAGGUACUUAACACCUUUCAGGAUAUCUUUUUGCAAAAAUCAGAAAUAUUUGCGGAUGUGCUUCAGAAGGAGGUGGGAAAUAAAAAUAUAGAGCUUUAUACCUUGCUAGCUGGUUGCACCAUGGAUAUGGUAUGUGAAACAGCGCUUGGAGUCAAUAUGAAUGUUCAAAUCUCAAAAGAAGUGGAAUUUGUCAAGGCUAUAAAUAAAGUGUUGGAAAUAACAAGUAUAAGGACGUUCCAUGUUUGGCAUCAAUUGAGAUUUACUUGGAAAUUAUAUCCACUAAGCAGAGAGUUUGAUAAAGCGUUAAAAGACUUUGAAGAUUUCUUACGUAGUGUAAUAUCGAAUAAGAGGAAAGACUUUGCACUUAAAUCAUCCAGAAAGAAUUGCAGUCUUCAAAAUGAUAAAGCCUUGGCUGUCGAAGAGGAACCUCGCAUUGCAUUUUUAGAUCUGAUCGAUAAUGAUAAUUUCACUGAACGAGAACUUAUAGAUGAAAUAAAGACGUUUUUCCUAGCAGCCGUUGAUACAACAGCAUCUACUCUUUGCUCCCUUUUUGCUAUGCUCGGCAUGCACCCAGAUAUACAGCAAAAAGUUUUUGAAGAGGCGGUUGAUAUUUUGGGACCAGAUAGAAGAUCUUUUCCUGAAGAUAUACAGAAAAUGACAUAUUUAGAGAGGGUACUAAAGGAAACGUUAAGGUUAUUUCCUGGUAUUCCAUUGUUAGGAAGAAGAUUGGUCGAAGAUAUCGAUGGAGGUGACAUGGUUUUUCCAAAAGGGUGCUCAAUCAUUGUUGGUAGUGUAUUUCUUGGUAGAAAUCCUGCCUACUGGCCAGAUCCUCUUAAGUUUGAUCCGGAUCGGUUUUUACCUGAAAAUAUUGCAAAACGACAUCCAUGCGCGUAUUUACCGUUUUCUUAUGGACCAAGAAAUUGUAUAGGCGGAAAAUACGGCAUGAUUAAUAUGAAAACGAUUGUGGCUACCAUUAUUCGAAGAUUCAAAAUAUUUACUGAAUAUAAAAGCGUUGAAGAGAUUAAACUAUCGACGUACCUGAUCUUGAGACUAAGAGAUGGACCGAAAGUGUGGCUUGAACCUAGAUAAUUUAAAAUUAUGACGACAAAAAACUGUAAUUAUGUUGAUAAAUAUAUUUUUAAUGGAA